AUGACGUCGCCGGAAGCGGGGACGAUAGAGACGCGCCGCCUCAGCUGCGCGCGCCGGCUGACGAGAGAGCGGCAGGCGAGGAGAGCGGCGGGCGCGGGACCCUGCCUGGCUGGCUACGCAGCCCGUGCCCGGGACCCGGACCUGAGCGCAGAGGGUACGAGUCCCGCCCCUGCCCGGGCCGGAGCAGGGCCGGCCUCCCCGAGUCGCAGCCGCUCUCCGCUCGCCGCCCGUGUGCCAGGCCCCGGACGAGGCGGCGGACGGAGCGGACGAUGGGUGACGAGCUCGACGGCGAAGGCCGGGCGUGCGUGGGGGGCCCCGUCCAGGACGGCCCCAGCGCGCCGGGCAGCCCCGCGGCCCCGGGCCCCCAUCAGGGGGAGGAGCAGGCCACGGGGGCCGGGGUCGCGGGACCGGGUGCUCAGCCGGGGCCCUACGGCUACAUCCGGGCUGGCCUGUUCACCUCGGAGAUCUUCAAGCUGGAGCUUCAGAACGUGCCGCGCCACGCCAGCUUUAGCGACGUCCGGCGCUUCCUGGGCCGCUUCGGGCUGCAGCCCCACAAGACGAAGCUGUUCGGGCAGCCUCCCUGCGCCUUCGUGACCUUUCGCAGCGCUGCCGAGCGCGACAAAGCCCUGUGUGUGCUGCACGGCGCCCUGUGGAAGGGCCGGCCGCUCAGCGUGCGCCUCGCCAGGCCCAAGGCUGACCCCUUGGCCCGGAAGAGGCAGCGGGAGGACCAAGGGGAGCCGCCUACCACCCCCGCCACGUGCAUUGCUGAUGUGGUGACCCCUCUUUGGACGAUGCCCUACGCGGAGCAGCUUGAACGGAAGCGGUUGGAGUGUGAGCAGGUGCUGCAGAAGCUUGCCAAGGAAAUCGGGAGCACCAACCGCGCCCUGCUCCCUUGGCUGCUUUUACAGAGGCACAAACACAACAAGGCCUGCUGCCCACUGGAGGGGGUCCGGCCAUCACCUCAGCAGACCGAGUAUCGGAACAAAUGUGAGUUUCUUGUUGGUGUUGGGGUGGAUGGGGAAGACAACACAGUCGGCUGCCGGCUUGGCAAGUACAAGGGCGGGACGUGUGCUGUGGCAGCCCCCUUCGACACCGUGCAUAUCCCUGGGGCCACCAAGCAGGUGGUGAAGGCUUUCCAGGAGUUCAUCCGGUCCACUCCCUACUCGGCGUAUGACCCGGAGACAUACUCGGGUCAUUGGAAGCAGCUGACCGUGCGCAUCAGCCGCCGUGGCCAAGCCAUGGCCAUUGCCUACUUCCACCCGCAGAAUCUGAGCCCUGAGGAGCUGGAGGGGCUGAAGGCUUCUUUGGCACAGCACUUCAUGGAGGGGUCAGGCAAGACCAGCGGGGUGACUUGCCUCUACUUCGUGGAGGAGGGACAGCGAAAGACCCCCAGCCAAGAGGGCCUGCCUCUGGAGCACGUGGCCGGGGACGAGUGCAUCCGCGAGGACCUGCUGGGGCUGACAUUCCGGAUUUCCCCUCACGCCUUCUUCCAGGUGAACACCCCCGCAGCUGAGGUGCUCUACACGCUCAUCCAGGACUGGGCCCAGCUGGACGCAGGGAGCACGGUGCUGGACGUGUGCUGCGGCACCGGCACCAUCGGCCUGGCUCUGGCCCGGAAGGUAAAGAGAGUCGUGGGGAUCGAGCUGUGCCAGGAGGCUGUGGAGGACGCCCGGGUGAAUGCCCUGGACAACGAGUUGAGCAACGUUGAGUUCCAUUGUGGGAGGGCCGAGGACCUGGUGCCUGCACUGGUGAGCAGACUGGCAUCCCAGCAGCUCAUGGCCAUCCUGGACCCACCCCGCGCCGGUCUACAUUCCAAAGUGAUCCUGGCUGUCCGCAGAGCUGAGAACCUCAAGCGACUCCUAUAUGUCUCCUGCAACCCCCGAGCAGCCAUGGGCAACUUUGUGGACCUCUGCAGGGCCCCGUCGAACCGGGUGAAGGGCAGUCCGUUCCGGCCAGUUAAGGCUGUGGCCGUGGACCUGUUCCCGCAGACCCCACACUGUGAGAUGCUCAUCCUGUUUGAGAGAGUGGAGCACCCCAAUGGCAUGGGGGCCCUAGAGCCCCAGGAUCCUCCUGUCCAGCCCCCACCAGGGCCCCCAGGUGACACCCCACCAGAAACCAGGGCCUCCCCUGCUUCUUAGUUCUCUGGGGCAGCAGAAACCAGCCUUUCCAGAACAGCACCCAGACUGCAUCAUGGGCAGAAUCCUGGGGCUCCCCAAGUCCUUGCCCUGCCCGGCCUGGCAUACUCAGGCAGUAGCCACAGAGGGUACAAGACCCCUGUCCCCGUGGGCUCCUGUGGCCUGCUCUCCCCUCACCCCCAAAAUGGGCCGCAAGGGCUGGAAUAAACAAGUGCUGAACUACCAA